AGGUCGGCGCCGGCCGCACUUACAACAUGGCGGCGUCCGGGGCGGCGGCGCGCAGAGCGGGACCCCGAGCGGCGCCCCCGGCCCGGGCCUCGCGCCUGCCGCGGCUGCUCGUGCUGCUGGCGGCGGCGGCGACGGGGCCGGGCCCGGGCCCGGGCGGCGCGGCACAGCUCUACCGGCCGGGCCAGGACGCCGUGUGGGUGCUGGACAGCGGCGGCGUGCGGAGCGCCACGGCCAACAGCUCGGCGGCGUGGCUCGUGCAGUUCUACUCCUCGUGGUGCGGCCACUGCAUCGGCUACGCGCCCACCUGGCGGGCCCUGGCCGCGGACGUGCGAGACUGGGCUGCUGCCAUCCGGGUGGCUGCGCUGGACUGCGCGGACGACAAGAACCAGGAUGUGUGCCGUGCCUACGACAUCCGCUUCUAUCCCACCUUCCGGUAUUUCAAGGCCUUUACGAGGGGGUUCUCGACCGGAGAGAGCUUCAAAGGACCCGACAGAGAGCUGCGGACAGUGAGGCACACGAUGAUCGACUUCCUGCAGAACCACACGGAGGGCCGCCGGCCGCCGGCCUGCCCGGCCCUAGACCCGAUCCCGCCCAGCGAUGUCCUUGCCCUCCUGGCCUCGGGCAGCGGCCGGCAUGUGGCUGUUUUAUUUGAAACCAAUGGCUCGUACGUUGGCCGAGAGGUGGCCUUGGACCUGGUUCCCUACGAGAACGUCGUUGUCCACCGAGCCCUGGAUGGGGACAAGGCGCUGCUGGAGAAGCUCGGCGUCACCUCGCUGCCCUCUUGCUACCUCGUGCACCCCAAUGGGUCACACGGCCUCGUCCACGUCGCGAAGCCACUCCGCUCCUUCUUCACAUCUUACUUGAAGUCACUGCCCGGCGUGAGGAGGAAGCCGCCCGCCCUGCCCGCGAGGCCCAGUGAGGACAGCGCGGUGACCGUGGUCUGGAGAGAGUUUGACAAGCAAGUACCCCUGCCUCCCUCGGACCCUCCCUGGAGGCCGGCCCGGGGUGGCGGUCUGGAAGGGCGGGCGGCCCCGCUGACACGUGCUCCCGCUCCUAGGUCGAAGCUGUACUCAGCCGACCUGGAGUCGGGCCUGCACCACCUCCUGCGGGUGGAGCUGGCCACCCACAGGUCCCUGGAGGGGGCCGAGCUAAAGACACUCAAGGACUUUGUCACGGUCAUUGCCAAGUUGUUCCCUGGCCGGCCACCAGUCAGGAAGCUGCUGGAGACGCUGCGGGAGUGGCUGGCCAGUCUGCCCCUGGACAGGGUCCCCUACAGCGCCAUCCUUGACCUGGUGGACAACAAGAUGCGGAUGGCCGGAAUGUCCCUCCCUAACCGCACCACGUGGGUGGGAUGCCAGGGCAGCCGCCCGGAGCUCAGGGGUUACCCGUGCUCACUCUGGACCUUGUUCCACACCCUGACUGUGCGUGCUGCCACCCACCCGGAGGCCCUGCUGGGCACAGGCCUGGAGGAUGACCCACACGCGGUGCUGCAGACCGUACGGAGGUACGUGCAUAGCUUCUUUGGCUGCAGGGAGUGCGGGGAGCACUUUGAGAACAUGGCCAAGGAGUCCCUGGACACAGUGAAGACCGCAGACCAGGCCAUCCUGUGGCUCUGGCGGGCACACAACGCCGUGAACGGGCGCCUCGCAGGCCACCUGAGUGAAGACCCUGCGUUCCCCAAGGUCCCAUGGCCCUCGCCAGACCUGUGUGCCGCCUGCCACGAGGAGGUCAGAGGUCUGCACAGAUGGGCCGAGGGCCGUGUCCUGGCCUUCCUGAAACACCACUACGGCGCCCACAACCUCCUCCAUGCCUACGCCGAGGACCUGGACGACGGUGCGGGGGGCACAGCCCCGGGCAGGAGCCUCCGGCCGGCUGCACCCUCCAAGAGCUGGCGCCACAGGCUGGACAGCGGGCUGCACGGAGCCCGGCAGGAGGCUGAGGCGGCUGCGCCCGUCCUGGGCGUGGGCUUCUCCAGCCUGGACAUGAGUCUGUGUGUGGUCCUCUACGUGGCUUCGUCGCUCUUCCUCAUGGUCAUGUACUUCUUCUUCCGGGUGAGGGCCAAGCGCUGGAAGGUCAGGCACCACUCCCCGGCUGUGUAGUGGCCAGCCCUGCCCCUCUUGUCACUC